AUGCCCAACUACAAGUUGAUAUAUUUUAAUAGCCGUGGACGCGCAGAAGUAACGCGUUAUUUAUUCGCUGCAGCCGGUGUAGAAUACGAAGAUGUUCGUGUGACUGGCGAAGAAUGGGCAAAGAUAAAAGCUGAUUGUAAAUCACCUUUCGGACAGUUGCCAGUAUUGGAAGUUGAUGGUAAUACUUUUUACCAAAGUCAGGCCAUUGCUGGCUAUGUUGCUCGUGAAUUAGGAUUACAUGGUAAAACUAAUGAAGAGGAAUAUCGAAUUUAUGUUGUUCAAGGAGCCUUUACCGAUUUGAUACAGAAACUUGGUAGUGCAGAGGCUGAAAAAGAUCCGGAAAAAAAGGCUGAAAUUCAGAAAGAUGUCUUUGAAAAUUAUAUACCAAAAUGGUUAAGUUCAAUGGAGGAAGUAUUUCAGCAAGUAAACGGCGAUUAUUUUGCUGGUGACCGCUUAACGGUUGGUGAUUUCUACUUCUUCCAUGCUUGUGAGUACCUCAAAGGUAUCAACCAACAGGCACUGGAUAAAUUGCCAGGUCUUAAUGGACUUUUCGAUCGUAUUGUGGAAAUGCCUAAGAUUGCUGCUUGGAGAUCGAAAAGACCUGUAACAAUGUUCUAA